CCCGGCGGCCCGCGGACUACAACGCCCAGGCUGCCUUGCGCGCGGGCGGUGGGCGCAUCCGCUGCUGCCGGGCGGCGGCGUGGGUUGCGCGUUGCUGGGCAGUCAGCUGGCCGCGGGGUGAUAAGAGGGCGGGCGGGCGGCGACGCUCGGGUGCUCGCUCGCGUCCCGGCCGCUCUCUGAGGGGAAAGGCGGCGGCGGCGGCGGCAGGGGGAGAGCGAGCGAGGCGAGGUGCCGCGGUGCCAUGGCCGAGACGAUCGCGGAUACGCGGCGGCUCAUCAGCAAGCCGCAGAACCUGAACGACGCCUACGGGCCGCCCAGCAACUUCCUGGAGAUCGACGUGGGCAACCCGCAGACGGUGGGGGUUGGCCGCGGCCGCUUCACCACCUACGAGAUACGCGUCAAGACAAAUCUUCCUAUUUUCAAGCUGAAAGAAUCCACAGUCAGAAGAAGAUACAGUGACUUUGAAUGGCUGAGGAAUGAACUAGAAAGAGAAAGCAAGGUUGUGGUACCACCCCUACCAGGAAAAGCUCUUCUCCGUCAGCUCCCCUUUCGAGGAGAUGAUGGUAUAUUUGAUGAUUCUUUUAUAGAGGAAAGGAAGCAGGCUCUUGAGCAAUUCAUAAACAAGGUUGCUGGCCACCCACUGGCACAGAAUGAGCGCUGUCUUCACAUGUUCUUACAAGAUGAAGUAAUAGACAAAAACUACACACCAUCCAAAAUAAGACAUACUUGAGUCCUGAAACCAUCUUCUCAAAUGUUAGUGGUUCUUAAGCUUGGUUUUAAGAGGUUGUAGUUUGUCUUAGCAUGCUGAGGAUAAACAGGCACAAAGCCUCCACUAACAUCAGUACACUGCUUGGUCUUUGCAUAUGCUUUAUAGCAUUAAAGAACUCACUUGUCUUUUAGCUGAAUCCUUGAUUUAAGAGUAUUAAACUGAGACCAUCCACCCCUUAUGAUGUCUCACAAAUCUUUCCACUCUUACUUGCAAUGACUUAACAAUGUUUACUGACUUGGCCUUACUUGAACUUGCACAGCUAUAGUGUCACGUGUGCACUUGUAUAUGACUAAACUGCUAUGCUGUUUCUGACAUAGUCAUCUGUUUGAACUUCUAUAGAAAGACUGCUUUAUUUCAGAUACCCUGUAUGAGAAACACUUAUGCAAUUGUCUUCAUGCUUGUAAAACACUUUAUACUGAAGUAAUGAGGGAAUUAUCUUUAUAUUCUGUAAGAGGAAAAGAAAUCAGAUUUAUAUACUAAAAUAACUUGUCUAAGGUUUUGAAAUAAAAGUGAAAAUGCACUUCAAA